AUGGCGAUAUCUGCAGCUGGCCGUCAUGUUGGCGGCUGUGCAAUGGGAGGGAAGCGAAUGACCCCUGGUUACUGUCACAAUGAGAUAAGACAUGCUUGGGACUCUACAUACUCGGAUGAGAAGAAUCAAACCAUCCCAGGCUGCUGUAACAAGAAGAUAAGAUGCAAACAAGUAACGGGGGUCUUUAGGAGUUUGAUGUUUCUGCUGUCUUUUCAGCUCCUGCAUGUGGCAAAAGGUUCUAUGGUAUGGCUAAAUAAGAAUGGCUAUGAGGAUUUGGUUGUUGCAAUUAAUCCCCAGGUGCCAGAAGAUGCCAACAUCAUCCUGAACAUAACGAACAUGAUUAAAAAUGCUUCUAAUUACUUGUUUGAAAUGACAAAACAUCGAUUUUUCUUCAAGCCUGUAAAAAUUGUAAUUCCUAAAACGUGGAAGAAAAACACCAACUAUUCAAGAUUAAAAAUGGAAUCAUAUGAUAAGGCAGAUGUCAUCAUGGCAGACCCUUACAUGAAACAUGUAGAUGAUCCUUACACCUUACAGUAUGGAGGAUGUAAGGAGAAAGGACGGUACAUCCAUUUCACACCUAACUUCCUGUUAAAUGACAAUUUGACUAAUGUUUAUGGAGAAAAAGGUCAAGUUUUUGUCCACUCUCACUAUCGGUGGGGGGUAUAUAGUAGCGAUGUGCCUUUUUAUGUGUCUAGAAAUUCUAAAGAAGCAAGUAUUGAAGCAACAAGCUGCCCAGCUGGUGUGACUGGUAUACCUGUUUUCCAAGACUGCAGUGGAGACAAGUGUGAGCCAAGAAGCUGUAGAUAUGAUGGUCAGAUAUAUGAAAAAGGAUGUAUAUUUAUUCCAGAUAUAUGACAAAAUAUCUCUUGUUCUGUUAUGUAUUUGCAAUACAUACCGUCUGUGGUUGAAUUUUGUGAUAAAAACACUCACAACAGUGAGGCUCCAAAUAUGCAGAAUAAGAUAUGCAAACACAAAAGCACGUGGGAAGUAAUUAGGGAAUCUGAUGACUUUCGCAACUCAGCUAUUGUAAAUGCUUCUGCACCCCACUCUGAGACUACCUUCAGGCUACUGCACACCCAAGACAGAGCAGUUGCUUUAGUACUGGAUGUUUCUGGGAGCAUGUCAAUGCACGACCGCAUCAGACAUCUCCGUAAUGCUGCAGAGGUAUUUCUGCUCAAUAUUAUUGAAAUCGGUUCCUGUGUUGGAAUUGUCACAUUUGACUCUCACGCAUCUGAAAAAGCUCCUUUGCAACAAAUAACCAAUGACACAGCACGCCAAAAACUUGUUCCAUGUUUGCCUGUAAUUGCUAGUGGACAAACCAGUAUCUGUGCAGGCGUACGUAAAGGACUUAAGUUAACUGCAGAUAAAAUAAAUAGUACAUAUGGUUCAGAAAUUGUGUUAGUGACAGAUGGAGAGGACUCAGGUAUAGCAGCUUGCCUUGAUUUGGUAAAACAAAGUGGGGCAAAAAUUCACACCAUUGCACUGGGGCCAUUGGCAGCCAAAGAACUAGAAGAAUUUUCAAAACUAACAGGAGGUUUAAAGCUUUAUGCUGUAGAUGAAGCCAUCCCCAGUAAAUUAACUGAGACAUUCAGUGCAAUUACAUCAGGAAAUGGAGAUAUUUCUGAACAAUCUAUUCAUGUCUGA